UAAGUAUCACCCAGAGGUGAUUCAGCUCUGCCUUUUCUCUUGGAGCCUCUGAGAGGAUCAGUCCAGGGAAGGACAACUUUUUCCCCCACCUGGGGGAUAAAUUCCCUGCAACAAAAUCAUUUCUGGGUCGAGACACAGAAAUCACUCAGAACUGAUGUACUUCUGUACUGUACUUCACUUACUCCCAAGAUGAGUGAUGAGGAGAUCACUUACACAACUGUGAAAUUCCAUAAGUCUUCAGACUUGCAGAAUCGAGAAAGGGCUGAUGAGACACAAGGGCCCAGAGAAGCUGGCCACAGGGAGUGUUCAAUCCCCUGGCACCUCAUUGCAAUACCUCUUGGAGUCCUUUGUUCCAUUCUGCUGGUGACAGUUGCAGUAUUGGUGACACACAUUUUUCAGUAUAAUCAAGAAAAACAUGAAUUGCAGAAAACUCUAAAUAAUCCCCAACAAAAGAACAGCAUCAUGCAAAAUGACAGUUACUUAAUGGAAGAAAUGUUGAAAAAUAAGUCUAUAGAUUAUGAUGCCCUCAAACACGAUCUGGACAUACUCAGCAGAACACUGAACAGAUGCUACCAGGAAACUAAAUUUGUUUUAGAUUCCAAACAGCACAGAGGCAAACGUGUUGAAGGACACUGGUUCUGCUGUGGCAUAAAAUGUUAUUAUUUCAUCAAGGACAAUAAACGCUGGAGUGGAUGUGCACAGACCUGCGGGGAUUGCAGCUUAUCCCUUUUGAAGAUAGAUGAUGAUGAUGAACUGAAGUUCCUUCAGCUCCAAAUUAAGCCGAACAGUUACUGGAUUGGGUUAUCAUAUGACACAAGAAGGAAAUGGCAAUGGAGUGACGGUGGCCCAUCUAAACUUGACUUGAACACAGCAAAAUUCGAUCUUAAUACUGGAACAUGUGCAUUUUUAUCUAGAGCAAGACUAGAUAAUGAUAACUGUGAUCAAUUCUACCCCUGUAUCUGUGAGAAGAGACUGGAUAAUUUCGUUCAUUCAUACUGCAGCAAGAGCUAAAGACAAAAUGGAAUGUGCUGAUCAUCAUUUGUUUCCUAUAAUAAUUUGUGAAUCCUUAUGAACAAGUGUUUUGAUCCCAGGACUUGGUUCUCUGUGCAAACAGAGAGAUGAGCUGGAAGAGGUUGAAAAUAUUCUCUGAAAUCUGUCUUGGCAUAGCAGAGGCAAUCUUUCUUCCUGGAAGACACAGAACACAUCUUCUCUGGUGCAUGGAUACCCUUUGCUACAAGCCCUGAAGAAUCUGUUCUUUCUGUUUACUUAAACACUCAUAGAACUAAAUAAAGAAUCCUAAAGAACA